UCCUGGAACGCAAACACAUCACGCCAAUAGCGAUCACAUGAUGGCGACACCGUCCAUGGAGGAUCUGACGCGGCUUCUACCCCACGACGCGCUCGCCGACAUCCUACGCCGCCUUGGAUCGCCGCGCCGCCUCGCCGCGUCCCGCUGCGUAUGCAAGGCAUGGCGCGACGUCGUCGACGCCCACCGCCUGUUGCGCACGAAGCUCCUUCCUCUCUCGCUGGCGGGCAUCUUCACCGUCAUGCACAGCAACGACUCAGGCAUCCACAAAUACUUCUCACCCAUUACUUCCCCGACCAUUGCCCCCUUCGACUACCUGAACACCGACAACGCCGAGUGCCUGACGAUCGUGCAACACUGCAAUGGCCUCCUCCUGCUUGGCUAUGAGGAGGCGAGGGUGCUUAAUCCAGCCACACGACAGUGCACGUGUUUGCCUCCUCCCCCGCCCAUGUUCACGCCUGGCAUGGAGGACGCCGAUUGGUUUCUCGAGUCUGGCAUGGACAAUCAUCUUCAGUAUCUUGUCUUUGACCCGACAGUGUCUCCGGACUAUGAGGUCUUUUCGGUAAAGUAUGUUCCUUGGUAUCCCUCCCCUGAUGACAUCCAUUUGGCGUCUCACGAAAUCCAAGAACGAGAAUGGCCACCGUUGAAAUUUGUUUUCCACAUCUAUUCGUCGAGGACAAAGCAGUGGGAGGAGAAGACUUUCCUUCGGGAAGGCGAAGCUGCAGGGAAGAUCCGCUAUAUGUUACAGACAAUGCAAACAACCCAACGUUAUGCGGCAUACUGGCGGGGAUCUCUUUACGUGUGUCAGCAUGAAUUUCUUAUGAGAAUAAACUUGUCAAAUGGCACGUACCAAGUAAUUGACCUGCCAAAACAUUGUCAUUUUCACCUUCUCAGGAACGACAACCUCACCAAGCAGAAUCACUCGGCCUCCAUUAUCACCGAAAAGAUAUUUCUUGCACCUUACCAAGAUUCAAAUAGUAAAGUAGAGCAUAACCUUACAAAGGCUUGCGGCCCGAUAUGCAAGUAUUUAUGA